CGCAAGCCCCUAAAAAUGGCGUCUUCGUCUGCCAGUUCAAACAUCAAUUCGAUAGAAAAUUUCUGCGCUGUCACUGGAGCGGACGAAAAUGUGGCCAAGCAGAUGCUGGAAGCCUGCAACGGCAAUCUCGAGAUGGCCAUCAACAUGCACGUGGACACGGACUGGACGCAGCCAUCCAAUUCUCACACGGGCGAAGCAGCCCUGGCAUCGAGCUCCGACAUGCCGCCGCCCACCGUAACCGCAGCUGAGGAUGACGUCAGACCACCUAUUCCUCCUGUAAGGGAAGUUUUGGUUGAUGGCCCAUUUCCCUAUGGGUACCAUGCACCAAGGCGAGCCUCCUACAGUGUUUUUGAUAGGUUCCGUGACUUCCAGGCAGAGACAAGGCUUCAGGAAGAAAAAUUGCUGCAGGGUGAGACUGACAGCCCGUCAUACAAGAAACGAAAAACAUUAGAAGAUCUCUUUAGGCCACCGCUAGACCUCAUGCACAGGGGCUCAUUUGAAUCGGCUCGGGAAGUUGGCAGGGCGAAGAAUCGCUGGCUGAUGGUGAAUGUGCAGAACGUGCAGGAGUUUGCCUGCCAGGUGCUCAACAGAGAUGUGUGGAGCAACUCCACCAUCAAAAGCAUCAUCUCGGAACAUUUUGUCUUUUGGCAGGUCUAUCAGGACAGCGAAGAAGGACAGCGUUACGUCCUCUUCUACAAAGUUGUUGAUUAUCCUUAUGUAGCUAUCCUGGACCCAAGGACUGGUGAAAAGGUACUGUCCUGGAACCAGGUGGACGCAGUCAAGUUUUGCGAUGCAGUCACCGAAUUCCUGGCAGAGCACCCAACACCCGAUGGCUCUGCUGUCAACCCACCAACAAAGAAAGUAAAACCCACUGCCAAAAAGGAGAGCAUCGUAGAGGAAGACGAAGAGGCACAGAUGCGGGCAGCCAUCGAAGCAUCUCUACGGGAGAAUAGUGCCCGGACACACGACUCCGCAUCGGACGAUGACCAAAGUGACCUGGAGACCUUUGACUCGGACACAGAAGUGGGGCCUGCACACACAAGUAACCACAGCAGCAUGCAGGUGGAUUCUUCGCCACCAACCAGGGGCUGCAAGACAAAGGGCGAGGCCAGUAACGCAAAAUCCGAUGUUGAUGAAUGGAAGAGGUUCUUGGGAAGCGAGUCCGAUGAAAAGUCUGAGCUGAUGAUUCGAUUCCCGGAUGGCUCAAGGAAAGUGAUGAGCUUUCCGUGCACAUCGAAACUGAAGGCACUCAUCUUGUACGCAUCGUCCAAUGGAUUCGGCGAGGAGACGCAUGAGCUGGUGACCAACUUUCCGCGACGCAAUCUGAGUGAUUUGGACCACUCUUUGUCACUGCGUGACCUGGGUCUCUUCCCCAAGGAGACGCUGUUCAUACAGCUACGCAACUCAUGACCCUCACUGCUCCCCACCCUACCCCAACUCAUCUGGUCGCUGCUCACUGUUAUCCUAGCGAGUGUGCUCAGAGACUUUUUUUACACCAAUUACUUCCGCCGCCUCUUGCCAUGCACGACCUGGAGGAAAAGUGACAUGCAGGGAUUGGGGAUGGCUGUGUUUCGAUGAGGCUGCCACGCCAUUUUUGCAGAACGCCAAGUUGCAGACCAACGGCCGAGACUUUCAUUUAUUCGUUCAAGAGUUGCAAGCUUGCUGGGACCUGACUCGCGGAAAGAAGGAAUCUUGCUCUUUGAAGUGCAACUGAAAAUCGUGCUUUCUCUGGAAUCUGCAAAGGAGGCUUGGCAAGGCUCUGUUUGGGAAAAAUUGGCAUGAAGGACGUCUUGGCUCGUCUUGUUUUGCAUGCAUGAUCUUGUGUUUGUUGAGCCCUUCCUCCCUUUUUUCCUAACACUGCUGUAUUUUGCAGCAAAGCUGUACCUGCUAUGCACUCAUUUGGGCCAGUCAUUUGAAGCAGCCAAUUCUCAGGUCUGCAAAGCAUGUUUCACAUUCAAGAGGAGGUUGCAGUUCCACCUGCAAGUUGCGGCGCUACAUUUUCCACAUUUUGAUUUAGAGGCGGCUUUAUGGCACUAUAUGUACGCACAGGAGGUCCCGAUUUCUUGCAAACGUAUCGUGUACAGGUUUGUGUGAUGACGCAUCACAGUGUUAAAUAUAUAUAUAUAUGCUAUUUUUCACAUCUAAGGAAAAAGCAUUUUUAUGUGAUCUAUUUCUGAGUAUGACUGAAGUUAUGCCCUUUGCUUUUUUUUUUUUCUUUUUUUUUUGGACACACAUGUGCAAUGUGUUCACUGUCUAUACUCGUACCACCACUGAAGUGUGCCCAGAGUGUUUGGAGGUCUUUUUUUUUUUUUUUUUUUUAAUGCAUGAUAAGUUACCAUCUUUCGAACCACAACAGUGAUGCCACAAGCUUAAUUAAGCUGGAUUCGGUACACACUGAAUCGGUUGUGGAGCUAGCGUAAUACAUAUUGUGAGCUUGUGCGUCACCCAUUCCAACGCUCACGCAGGCCCAGCGGAGAUUUCCAGCUAAAAGCACCAAAAUGGCCACUGCAAGAUGCCUUAGUGUAGCACCAGCCGCCUUGAAUUGAAAUUGUUCAUACAAGAGCACUCUGCUCGAGAGGCCAGCCAAGAGCAGCAAGAGUGAAAGAGCACAGCAUCCCUAUGCCUUUGCAUAAAUGCACGUGCUUUGUCGUAUAGAAGUUAAGAUAGUACUACUUGGUUCACUUUGACGUGACUACAUUGUUGCCGGAAGAAUGCUAGCCGCGACGCGUUCCGACCCAUAUGUCGCAUGCCGUUUUACCAAUUCAUCCCCGACGUGUCCUUCGUGUCAAUCCAGCCUUGGCAGAGCUUGUUCGCGGGACAACUCCUAUAAGUUAAGGGAAUUGUAUGCCAGAGAAGUUCUAUCAUAUGCCUCGCCAUUUGUCUCAAUAUUUUGCAACAAACUAAAUUGUGCAGCCUUGCGGCAUGUCCUUUCCUUGCGGCAUGUCCUUUUUUUUCUAUGCAAAUAAAUUUUUAAAGAAUGCCACCAGAUCUGUGCAUUACAGCCCGAAUCAAACUCUUCCCUACGGGUAACAGUGUGUCAGUACAUCAAGGGACACUGAAGAAAAUAAUUUUGCUCGUAUUGGUUAAUUACUUUUACACAAUAUCCAAAGCACCCUGAGGAUUUUACACAUUCUACACGCGCUCACCGUGGCCUUGCAGAUUUUACUUGUGCUUACGCAAGCAUAAAUGCAAAUAAAUUUUUUGUUGCAAGAGACCCAGAGACUUUGUAUUAGGAAUUUUUACUGAGCCAGUUUCCUGAGCCAAUGUAAAACUUCGAAAUCCUUAGCUUAAGGGGAGACAGUGGCCCGAAAACUGCCCAUUUCAUUUUUUAUUAUAUUUAAAAUGUAUUUUUAAGUGCUGAAAACAAAUAUGCAUUCGCUUAUUUUUUAUCAUGCACGAAUUUUAAGGUAUUGGCUGUUCCGUAAACUUGCAUUCUGCCCAGCCUUUUCCCAGCUUGCUCAGAAAAGACCUUUAUGAACUUGAUAUAACUGUACUCCAUAAAAACCAGAGUGCAAAAUAACCCUCUUUAUAUUUAGCUGUAUUGAUUCAAAGUUAUGGUGUAAACGAACAGACUUAUGAGAAACUGUUCUGUUAAUUUUACUGCUUAUGAAACCACAGUUCUAAAUAAAAACAUAGUAAUUUUUUGCACUAAUAAAUGUAUAAGCCUUCAAAUACUGCAAGAAUUCUCAAAAUCAGACUAUUACAUCAAAAGAUAUUAUGGGCAUCAAUCUCUGAUGUAAAGAAAGAUGUGGUUUUGAAAAACUAAAAAAACUUCAGAAACAUGUUGAGCACUUAUUUUGAGUUUUAAAAGGCAUGAAUUAUGUUUUUAUGAUCAUAGAGGCCACCAGGAAUGCGCUUAUCAUUAUUCUUCUUUGUAUGAUUCCUUUUUACCUUGGUCUCGCUGGCGGAACACUGCAUUUUUGCAGCCACUGUUAUCACUUUCUUUCGGAUGGGUGAGCAAUUCUGAACUUGUGACAACUGCCUGCCAUUGGACCGCCAUCGGGUGUCUCCACAAAAUUGCGGGCAACGCGAUGAUCCACCACUGUCUAGCAGAUGCAUCUUUAAACAUCCAAGCUGAAUAAAAGAAUUUACCGUGUGAUGAAAAUGCACC